AAUUUUCCUACAGAAACAGAGCUCGUUACAGACAAGUUGAAUUAUAAUUCAAUAGCUCCUAAUAAAUAUACAUCAUCAGAGAAAAAUUUCCAACCAUCUACACAGAAGAAAGUAAAAGUACCAUCUGAUAAUGAAGGAUCAUUUUUUGUGGCCAAUACAGAUUAUUCUUCUCUCAUGCUGAGCUCUAACAGAAGUGGUUGUUCUAAUGGAUUAUUUGAUGCUGAAACAUGUUGUUGCAGCUUUGACACAUAUUAAGUUUGAUGUUAAUUUAUUGACUUCUACCCAACAAAUAAUUAGUGCUAAUAUUGAAGCUAUUAUGGCACAUACAAAUUAUAGUAGAAAUGAUCUUUCAAGCAACUCAAAUUAUAAUGAUGUUGAUGUCAAUGACAUAUUUCCAAUUAAUACUCAGGAAGAUCUUGAAACAUUUGAAUUUAAGCUCAAGAUAAAUGAAAAUGACUUCAAAUGCAUACUUAUAAGAAAAUUAUUGUUCCUCACAACUGCCAAAAGUCUUGGAGAAUCAGUGAGGCGUAUUAUGACAAAAAUGUUUCAUGAUUCAGUAUUAGUUUAUUUUUCAACUUAUGGUUUUAAAAAGAAACAAAGAUUUACUGAUUUACUAUCAUAUCAUUUGAUAAAAGAUAUAAUAAGGACUAAUGUCAAGUAUGAAAUGGUUCCUAAAAAAGAAAUUGACUGUGAAAUUAGUGUGUGGUUAGCUCAUGCAAGUUUCCGAAUAAUAAAUUGAGAAAAAAGAUCAGCCAAAUAAUACUAAAAGAUUUUUAAGUAGUUUUAUAUUCCAUUCUUCACAAAUUAUAAUUAGUGAAGUAUAGAACAUACAUGAAUGUGUAAAUAAUUGAAUUAUUUACAUUAUAAAGUAAAGAAUUAUGUUUCAUUUUUAACAGUUUAAACCAACUUAAAUUUUUUUUUUUUUAAUUAUGAAUGUGUUGAGAUUUUAAUUUGAAUUGUUUAAAAUCAAUUAUUUUAAUGUUGCUUUCUUAAUGAAUAUGUUAAGAUUAUUCAUUUUAACCG